GUCUACCUUAAUCGGAGAUGUUAAAAUUCACCUGUGCACGUUUGUUUCAUCAGUUGCUAAACUGUGCGGUAAAUAUGACUGAAAAGGGAGAGGUUAAUCUUGCUGGCGCUAAGCAAAGUAAAGGCGUGUGGCUGGUCAAGGUUCCCAAAUAUUUAGCCCAACAAUGGGACAAAGCAGCAGAGAAGGGAGAAGUGGGAAAGAUUAGCAUUGGAACGAAGCAAGGCAAAACUGAGGUUUGUUUCAGUCUUAAUGAGGAGCUGACCGCGCUGGGUGCAGUUGGGGAGAAGGAUGUGCCUCUGCAGGUCCCCCGGCAUCAUCCCUUCACCAUGAACUCAGUGGGGGGACAAACCAUGGCUGUCUUCAGCCUGGGUGUCAAAGAUGAAAUCAGCCUGGAGGGAAUGGUGGUGCACAAAGCUGAAUGCAGGCCCGUCGUCACUGACAACUACAUGAAGCUAAAGAAAGUGCAGAUGAAAGAGUCCUUGAAGCCUCAGCGUUUGUCCCAGCAGCUGGAGAGAGCCAUCACCACCGCCUUCAAGCCGGUGGCCAACCACGACUUUAACGUGGAAUAUGAGAAGAAGAAGAAGUCGGAGGGGAAGAUGGUGAGGGCUGAGCGACAGGUUGUGUUGGACAUGCUCUUCACUGCCUUUGAGAAGCAUCAGUACUAUAACAUUAAGAACCUGGUGGACAUCACCAAGCAACCUGUGGUGAGCAACACACAAACACAGAAAGAGUGUGGUGCAACAAACAAUACACCUGCCCACUGGCCACCUUGCUUUGUUAAAUUUGAACAGAUCGCCCACGGCAUGACGUUUGUGCUUGUUCACACUUUCAGCUGUGGCCACAAUUUGGGCCAAGUCUCUCUCUCUCUCUCUCUCUCUCCCUCACACACACAUAUGGGUUGCAUCGAUACAGUGGAUUUGUUCCAGCAGUUGAGAACGGCAAUGUGUAGGUGCUGAUGAGACCUUGAGGUCCUCCUCUCUCUGAUUGCAUGUGAUUGCAUAAGCAUCAGCUGAGUGGGAGACAAACGCGGCGAUUCACUCCACGCCGCCGUUUCUCUCUCCGAGCACUUGGCUCGCUCUCAAAUUAA